AUGGCCUCCGCCAGGCUGUCGCCAACGGCGAACUUGCUACGAAAGUCGCGUUUAUUCGCACUCCCCAAAACUCUCAAUGGCCCCAGUGACCUAACAUCGAAAGAAUCCGGCACCGCAACUCUGCCUCACCCCAUCCGAGCCUCCAUCGUUACACCGCAAUCAUCACUAGCCCGAGGCGAUUGGGGACUGAAGCGACCUUUACCGGCCAAGUCGACAUCGGAGAAAUCAUCGAGACCGGUAGUCAGGUUGCACGCCCUCGAUACCUAUGAACAUGUGACCGACUUCGAAUCCGCCGCAGAUCACACUGUGACCCUCGAGAAGUUCCAGGAGAUGCACUUGCCUAUGUCUCUCCCCUCCAAAGUCAAUUAUGCUACAAGUGUUGUGCCAAGGCAUCAAAGUCCAUUCGAGACGCAUCUCGACAACACCGAGACCAGCCAGGGUCUCCAGGAACCGGGUGCUAAACAAUUUAGACACACCGGUCCUUGGCUUGCUGGGCAGACGGAGGCAGAGUUCGCAGCAUACUUGAAGCAAGUGACCCGCAAUAAGCCUGAGCUCCUGAAGAAACUUCGUGAACAGUUUGUUGCCAAGCGUUCUGCUGAGAUCCGGAAGCUGGCACAGGAUAAUGGAGAGGACUUGGACGCUCAUCCCGCAAUUGUCACCGAUGCGGAGUUCAAUGCCUACAUCAAGACUCUGCGCAAUGACCCAUUCGCUCUCGGUCCUGUGGUCUUUGAUCUACUUGACCUCGCUUCCCCCCUGCCGUUCCCAGCGAGCGUAUCGGGCGCAAGUACUAUCAAUCCCCUGGAACUAAGCUGUCCUCAUUCGAAUACGCCAUCUCAGGACCCCCGAAGACACACCCGUCUGCCGUUUGGCCCACAGGCCCACCAGCGCCCCGUGGAGGCUCGCAUCUUGCGCCCCAAGGGCCGCUUUAAGGGACGCAUGGCUCGGGCCCUCGCAGGUAUCGGUGGUAUUGCUGUUGAAGACCUGAAUGCCAUGACCUUCGUGGAGCAAGGCACACCCCCUGGCCUGACUUUCUUCGAUGCAUCCAUCCCCGGUGGAGGUAAAUACUGGGUUACUCCCAUCCGGGCUUCGAUUGACUCCGACGGCCGUAUUGGCCUUUCAUCUUAUCGCGCGAGUGCAACCGCUAAGGCCCCUUACGGAAUCGAAGACCACCACAAGCCGAGCACCUUGACCAUCUCCGAUGUUGCCACUGCCCCAUCCCCGCUGGUCCCAAGAUUAGACCGACAGUCAUUCGGCCAGCCUCGCUUCCAGCCUUCCACGGAGAACCGUUCCCGGAGACAACCCACGAGGGGGACAGAGGACGUCGCACGCAGCCUUCUCAAUAACCUCAACUCUAGGUCAUAG